AUGGAUGUCAAGAGCUCCAAUUCGGACGACUGGAUGCCUAUGGCACGCGAUUGGGGCGCUAACUGGCACUCGCUGGCGAACCUCACCAACAAGAUGCUCUCCUUCAGGCUAACCAACACCGAUGGACACAUACUUGUGUUCAACAACGUUGUGCCAAAGGGAUGGAACUUUGGGCAAUCAUUUGUUAGCAAAUUGCAAUUCUACUGA